CCCUAACGCCAGCCUAUUCUGAACUGUAUUCUACCACGCACAAGACUCGACUGCACGACCCGAAUACGAACACGACUAUGAACGACUCUGCUUACGAACAAGAACAUGUACAGCUUAAAGGCUGUGACUUGAAGCUGUCAUCCUUGCCCAACCCUAUCAGUGCUAUACACGCGAGGCUCCUCGAGGAAGGUGUGCCAGACACGCCCUCCUCAGAUACUACCAUGCCUCGAGACGAUCUUCCGCCAUUAUUCUAUGUACCUCCACCGGACGAAGAAGAGGAAGAACAAGGAUCUAUACCGGGCCACCGUAGGGUCGUGCGGCGUCGGAGUAGCCACCUCGAGCGCUGGAUUCAAGAUCAGCAUCGUUUGUCCACAUCGUCCAGCUCGGAAGAUGGCGACGUAUUCGUCUCGCUGAACGACGACGUUCCCGCUAUAGGGACGGCAUGUCACCCAUACCUUGCAUACCCUCACCUUACGACGCGCCACUGCAGUCGGGAAGACGACAAACAGACUCUGGAGAGCUUCAUCGUUAUCGACGACGACGAUGUCAAACACGCGGAUGCGGAACUCGGACGCGAUGGCCAGGAGGAGGAGGAACAGUCCCGGACCGAGACUCCGUUCCCUGCUACUCCUGCCAUUGACAUUUCGACGCCACCCAAGUCACGCAGGUACUCGAAUCUCCUACAGGCGCCGUCCCCUCUGCGCAAUUUGCAUUUCGGACUGUCCUCGAGGCGGUUAUCUUCGUCGACCGGCUGUACAUCAGUAUCUGGAAGCCCUAGUUCCUCUGGCUUGUCCCAAGCCAAAUCUGGCGGACCGAGCACUGGUAGCGUUGGACACAGUCCUGCGCACAAACGUAGCCAUAGCUGGGGAUCGAUACGUCUACCCGGCUAUCGUUCGUCCCUUGAUUUGUCUCCUAGCAGCUGGAAAGUCAAGCGCCCUAGCGUAUUAGGCCACUUCUCGCAGACCUCUCUCGAUUCUCAUCCAAUUGACGAAGAUGAUAUUGCAGCUCCACGGCCGAGCUUCUGCUCUGACUCAUCGUACACGUCCGGUCCUGCUCGCAGCAAUCACACGCUGAGCACUGACGCACCUGUGACGCCGCAUGAUAUCUCGCGCGGAUCCAUUCGCACUCUACCCGUGUAUUUUUCCAGAUUCUCGUCUCCCCCGCCAUCCGAGUUUUCUGUGCCGGCCAGCUCUCGUACUCCGGAUGAACGUCCUCAGACAGCUCAGCCGAAACGUCUCGCCCACAAAGCGAGCACAAUCCGGGUGCCGUUUGCUUCGAAGAAUCCGAUCAAUUAUGCAACGUUAAUGGCUCCGACCACGCUGCCGCAGACGAUGCGCUUUGGAACGAAGGUACCUGACGUACUGGCUACACCGAAGAGUAAGAGAAGGAGGAAGAAGCUAGUGAUAAGUGGCCUCCAAGCAGGCGAAGUACAUAGAUUUGAAGCUGUGAAGAAGUGGUGUGAGUCGUUCGGCGAAUUAAGUCAAAUCACUCGUAUGCCGAACGGAGACAUCUACGUUCACUUCCGGAAAGCUGAAGUCGCUGAUAACGUUUGUCGACUGAACGCCCGAGUGCUCAUCGCUGGAGCAGGCAGUGUAUCUUUGUCGUGGUUCACCGGGAAGAAACCCACAUAAUAAUGCUGUUGUUUGUGCACUAUCAGAACACCGUCACGACCCGUAGAAUAUUGUGCCACGAUCUAAUCACUUACUACUACCGAUCGACGCACACCUCGAAGCUAAUCAACUUCAUGCAGAUAUAUGCCAACCUCUCAUCGUUCUUGGUUCACGACUUAUGACGACUGUUUAUCUCCUGCCCAUAUGCACCAUCCUACAUAAUUGCAUUCUUACCCCGCACAUUUUAUCAUCCCAUCCCCAUGCACACAUCUCCCGCACUCGACGGCUCUUGCAUACCUACCUGGACAUUUGAUGUAUAAUUCGAGUGUGUAUUACAUCUCUUCUCACUCUUGUGCAU